GCCGGCUACGUAUCCCAGCUGGAGAAACGCGUCGAGGAUCUGGAAAGACAGAUGGAGGACGUUCUGGGACGACUAUCGCAGUCGCAGCCAUCGCAGCCUCCAACAGAACGAGAUGAUCUUGCUACAAUCCCGUCUACGGGUCGGCUGGCUCCCCCGUUGUGCGUCCAGAAUGUGGAGUCCACGAGCAGCCCACAGCCCGAUACUGCGCCUAUGGAGACUACGGCCCUGACAUACGAACUCCAGCUGGUAUGGCUGGAGAAGUAUCAGCCGUGGUUCCCAAUUAUGCACCACACCUCUGUGAGUGACGCAUUUGUAGAAGCUGAAAAUGGGCCUGGUCUAUUGCAAAAGGCAGUCAAGGCUGUCGCCAUCUGGGACAGCCCUGGAAUUUCAUGGGAUCGCAAGCAAUUCCUAUCGGAAAGACUUCGCCAGGAGGUUAUCGUGAACGCAAUGGGGUCACUGCACCUUCGCACUGUCCAAGCCUUGCUUACCUUGUCAAUCCUUUUCUGGGGCGAGGGGAAAUGGGUCCAGUAUAGCAAUCUGGCAGCAAUGUGCAAGCGGCUAUCUCAGCAAUUGGGCCUUCCUACAGUCGCUGGCGUGGCAACCGCUCAGCCGUCCAAGAUGUGCCCCCUCGAUGCAGUUCUCUCCGACAACAGAAUCGACCACGAGGAACGACUCCGGGCCUUCUGGAUGAUCGAAAUGCUGGAUAGCAUCUUUGCCUUGGGCCUGCCGAGUUAUCCACCGACCACGGCAGCACCACUGGGUGCGAUACUUCCCUGCAGUGACACUGCAUGGGCUUUGCAGGACCACUUCGGCGAGUGUGUUCCCUUCCAUGACCUGCAGUACUCCUCCGGCUUCUCCAUGUGCAUCAGCCUGUGCACCGUUGAGCUGGCGCCUGUGCAUCAAUUCCAGCACAGCGUGAUUCAAACGGGUGCUAUGGCCGGAGGUCCCGAGUGGCAGAGUGCAGCCCAGCGGCUCGACGAGCGACUCACCAUCUGGCGCGAGGAAUUCGUAGCAGCUGUUUUCCGGCUCAUCAACGCCGAGUCACCCCAUGAUGCUCGUGCCGAGAUGAGGCCGGCCGUGAUUACACUACUGCAGUCGCAGACUACGCUGCCGGAAGGCGUUGGACAGGAAACGGAGCCAUGGCCGUAUGCCAACCAUCGCUGCAUGUACGCUUGCGAGAACAUGGCAGCUAAGAUCCGGCGAAUGGAAGAGUCCGAGCUGGAGAGCUGCAGUCCAUGUCUCGUUCUUCCCAUCUUCGCCGCUGCCCGUUUCUAUAUUGUGCAUACGAAGUGCCUACACGCAGACGUCUCAGUCAACCUCCACUCGCUCGCGUAUAGCUUGCACAUCUGUAGUCGUCGCUGGCCUCUGGCUAAGAUGUUUGAAUCGGUGAUCCGUACAGCUGUCGCUGAACACCGCACCCCGGCCAUACAGUCGGCAUUGCCCAUUGAAUUCUAUGACCUGCGAUAUGCGGUUGCUGAAAUCUGCCCCCUUCUCCAGCGCUGGGUCGAUCGCUACUCAUCGCCUGUUCUACGCACUGUUUGA